CGGGGCGCGGCGCUCACUGCCGAGGCUUGGGAGAGAGAGGCCGGGCAGGCGGCGGGCGGCGCGGCUCUCAACGUGAUUGACCGACUGACCCUCGGGCUGACGCGCUGACCGGCGGACGGCGGAGGCGGGAGUCAGGAGCCGCGCCGAGCGACGCUGAGAACAAGCGCGUCAGGUUCCGCGGCCGCCGCUCGGUCGGUGUGCUGAAUGAAGCGCCCGCCCCGCUGAGCCCCGAGCCCGGCGCGUUCCCCGCAAGAUGGACGGUUUCGCCGGCAGCCUCGAUGAUAGUAUUUCUGCUGCAAGUACCUCUGAUGUGCAAGAUCGCCUCUCAGCUCUUGAGUCACGAGUUCAACAGCAAGAAGAUGAAAUUACUGUGCUAAAGGCAGCAUUGGCUGAUGUUCUGAGGCGUCUUGCAAUCUCUGAAGAUCAUGUAGCCUCAGUGAAAAAGUCCGUGCCAAGUAAAGGCCAACCAAGCCUUCGAGAAGCUAUUUCUAUGUCCUGUAUAACCAAUGGAAGUAGUAUAAACAGAAAACAGAACCACACCAGCUCUAUAUCAAUAGCAAGAAAAGAAACUCUUUCUUCGGCUGCUAAAAGUGGUACAGAAAAAAAGAAAGAAAAGCCACAAGGACAGAGAGAAAAAAAAGAGGAAUCUCACUCUAAUGAUCAGAGCCCACAAAUGCGAGCGUCACCUUCUCCCCAGCCCUCUUCACAGCCUCUCCAAAUAAACAGACAAGCUCCAGAGAGCAAGAGCUCUGCUCCCACCAAAAGCAUAAAACGUCCAUCAACAGCUGAAAAGUCACAUAACUCAUGGGAAAAUUCAGAUGAUAGUCGUAAUAAAUUACUGAAAACUGUUUCAACAUCAAAACUAAUAUCAAAGGUCAUAAAAAAUACAGACAAACAUAAAGAUGUCAUCGUCAAUCAAGCAAAAAUGUCAACCCGGGAAAAAAACAGCCAAGAAGGAGAAUAUAUUAAAAUGUUUAUGCGAGGUCGGCCAAUUACAAUGUUCAUUCCUUCGGAUGUUGACAACUAUGAUGACAUCAGAACAGAACUGCCUCCUGAGAAGCUCAAACUGGAGUGGGCAUAUGGUUAUCGAGGAAAGGACUGUCGAGCCAAUGUGUACUUGCUUCCCACGGGAGAGAUCGUUUAUUUCAUCGCUUCAGUGGUGGUCCUGUUUAAUUAUGAGGAGAGGACUCAGCGGCACUACCUGGGUCAUACAGACUGUGUGAAGUGCCUUGCUAUACAUCCUGACAAGAUCAGGAUCGCAACUGGACAGAUAGCCGGAGUGGACAAGGAUGGAAGGCCUCUACAACCCCACGUCAGGGUGUGGGAUUCAGUAAGUCUUACCACACUGCAUGUGAUUGGACUUGGGACUUUUGAGCGUGGUGUCGGAUGCCUGGAUUUUUCAAAAGCAGAUUCAGGUACUCAUUUAUGUGUAAUUGAUGACUCCAAUGAACAUAUGCUCACUGUAUGGGACUGGCAGAAAAAAUCAAAAGUAGCAGAAAUAAAGACAACAAACGAAGUUGUUUUGGCUGUAGAAUUCCAUCCAACAGAUGCAAAUACAAUAAUAACAUGUGGUAAAUCUCAUAUUUUUUUCUGGACCUGGAGUGGCAAUUCACUAACAAGAAAACAGGGAAUUUUUGGGAAAUAUGAAAAACCAAAAUUCGUUCAAUGUUUGGCAUUCUUGGGGAAUGGAGAUGUUCUCACUGGAGACUCAGGUGGAGUCAUGCUUAUCUGGAGCAAAACCACGGUGGAUCCCCCACCUGGGAAAGGCCCUAAAGGAGUAUAUCAGAUCAACAGACAAAUCAAAGCUCACGAUGGCAGUGUGUUUACACUUUGUCAGAUGAGAAAUGGGAUGCUAUUAACUGGCGGCGGGAAAGACAGAAAAAUCAUUUUGUGGGAUCAUGAUCUGAACCUUGAAAGAGAAAUUGAGGUUCCUGAUCAGUAUGGCACAAUUAGAGCAGUUGCAGAGGGAAAGGCAGAACAGUUCUUAGUAGGCACUUCACGAAACUUUAUUUUACGGGGAACAUUUAAUGAUGGCUUCCAAAUAGAAGUACAGGGUCAUACAGAUGAACUCUGGGGCCUCGCAACACAUCCCUUCAAAGACUUGCUCCUGACGUGUGCUCAGGACAGGCAGGUGUGCAUGUGGAACUCAGUGGCACACAGGCUGGAGUGGACCAGGCUUGUGGAUGAACCAGGACACUGUGCAGACUUUCAUCCCAGCGGUACUGUGGUGGCCAUCGGAACACAUUCAGGCAGGUGGUUUGUUCUGGAUGCAGAAACAAGAGAUCUGGUGUCGAUCCACACGGAUGGGAACGAGCAGCUCUCUGUGAUGCGCUACUCAGUAGAUGGUACUCUUUUGGCUGUGGGAUCUCAUGACAACUUUAUUUACCUCUACGCCGUCUCAGAAAAUGGAAGAAAAUACAGCAGAUAUGGAAAGUGCACUGGGCAUUCUAGCUACAUCACACACCUUGACUGGUCCCCAGACAAUAAGCAUAUAAUGUCUAACUCGGGUGACUACGAGAUACUGUACUGGGACAUUGAAAAUGGCUGCAAACUAAUCAGGAACCGAUCAGAUUGUAAGGACAUCGAUUGGACAACAUAUACCUGUGUGUUAGGCUUCCAAGUCUUUGGGGUCUGGCCGGAAGGAUCCGAUGGAACAGACAUCAAUGCACUGGUUCGAUCCCACAAUAGAAGAGUGAUCGCCGUAGCCGAUGAUUUCUGUAAAGUUCAUCUGUUUCAGUAUCCCUGCUCCAAAGCAAAGGCUCCCAGUCACAAGUACAGUGCCCACAGCAGCCAUGUGACCAACGUCAGUUUUACUCAUAAUGACAGUCACCUAAUUUCAACUGGCGGGAAGGAUAUGAGCAUCAUUCAGUGGAAGCUAGUGGAAAAGUUACCUUUGCCUCAAAAUGAGGUCAUAACAGACACCGGCUUAACCAAAACCUCUGCCUCUUCCACUGAAAAUGCCAGGCCGUCUAACCCUCCCCCGCUGCCUCCUUCCCAACCGUUACCUGGGACAGUUGAAGAAGAUAGCAGAAUGAGCAGCUCCCCCACGCUUGUGGACAACAGCCUGGAGCAGAUGGCAGAGCCCAGCGAGGAGCAGAGUGAGUGGGGCAGCGAAGACCUUGGUGUGGUGAUUGGUGAAGAGCCUGCUAGUGAAUUAGGUGAGAAGCAGGGGGCAGCUGAGCUGCCUGAGGAAGAGCAAGGCACGGCACCCCUGUGCUAAAGCCCGGGCCGGGUAACAGGACGGGCAGUGACAGCCAUCACUGUGGGUGGAGGUUUGUUUCCCAUGAGACCAGACCGAUGGCAGUCCGGUGUGCCGUCAGUGAGCUAGAGCAAACCAGGAGACUGUUUGGUAGAUGUUCACAACUUAACCAAACUUAAAAGCAGCAGGAGACUAGCAGGGGAGUGUAUCUAAGAAAUCCAUGUGUGGGGUGCAGACACUGGAAACAAAACUGCAGCUGUACCCAUUGGAAGAAACCUGUUAUCUGACCGAGAUUUCCUCGUAACAGCUGGAGGCCUUGCAGGCACCAUCGCUCACUCAAUCGCUCGCUCGGCUGCUGGCUCAGGCUGCCAUUUUUUCCUGAUGCAAAAAAAAAGCAAGCAGGAAAAAGUGCUCUUAUUGUGAGACCACUCCGAUGUCUAACGGGAACUUUUUAACUAAGGAGAAUUUAAGUAUUGCCUAGUGCGACAGUGCUGCCUUUCCAUGUGAUCCUGCAUUUUCUUACAGCACCCGAGAUGUCCAGACGUGCUUGGGAGUAGGCUGCUCGCUAGGUGCUGCCUUCUAAGUUAUAACGAGGAGCCGUCCUCAGUGGCUUGUGUACAAAUUGCUUUAUCCCAGAAGCAAGCCUUGGUUUGUUGAAGAGCUUUUUUGGUUUUUUUGAUUUGGUUUUUCGAGACAGGGUUUCUCUGUGUAGCCCUGGCUGUCCUGGAACUCACACUGUAGACCAGUCUGGCCUCAAACUCAGAAAUCCGCCUGCCUCUGCCUCCCAGAGUGCAGAGAUUACAGGCGUGUGCCACCACUGCCCGGCAUUGAAGAGCUUUUAAUGUCUAGUAAACCAUGAUUCUGAGAGAGUCGAUUCUCCAAGGAGUCUUUCACUGGCCUAAACAUUCUCUAAUGUUUGGCAUUCAAGGGAAUGGAAGGAAAAACAACCGCAUGCCUUUAACAGAUGAAUUGUAAUGGUGACCUGCUAACUGUCGCUAGCCUUCAGCGCUAUCUGUCCCCUCACACCGUUGUUAAAUAGUCAAAUUGGUGCUUGAAAUUCAUUGGUCUAGUUGUAAUUUUUAUACAAAUUACACCAAGAGAUAAGCCUUUUUUAUAGAAGUGUGAUAGUCACAGUGCUGCCUCCAGGCGGCACCCUUUGCAGUCGUGCUGUCUGUGGGCGUCUCCUCCUCCUGGGAGCCCUGCAGCCCUUGUGUCGCUGGCCUUGAUUUGGGCAGUGUUAGUGUACCUGAGCAAGUUGGGCUUUUCUAAGUUUUGUCAGAUAACUAUUUUUCCUAAGUAUGUGUUUCCUACUUAAAUUACUGACAAGUGUGCAUUUCCUAUGUUUGUUUAUACUUUGAUUACAAAACCAUAUUUUUUUUUAACUUGCUAUAUUGUUUUCAUACUUUUUUGUUGUUGGAUUAUGUAACUUUUCCUAAGUUCGGAAGUCUUAAGUGUGCAAGCGUUUACGUGAUUGUGCCAUUCCAGAGUGCAUCAGAACUGUCAUUCCCUUCCAGUACCUUCUCAGGAGUAACAUAUCAGGUAUGUCAUCAUCGCUUGGAACCGUGAAUGCUCCCAUGAACGCCAAGGACACUCGACACGAUUCACAUGCUAUGCAGAGGGUGUGUGGAGGAACAAGAGAGAGCAGCGUAUCUGAAUGAGAUGUACACAUCCACCUUUUCAGUGAAAGUCUGUGUCUAGGUGUAUGUCCAUUGUAUCUCUCUCCUUUUGUUUACAACUUUUUUUUUAAUUAAGUAAAACAAAAACAAAAAAAACUCACCUCAAAUAGCUCUCUUCCAAAGAGGAGAUUUCAAGCCACCUGACUUCUUCAGUGCAGUCUUUACCCAGCUGUCAGAGAGCACAGCUUCAGGCGUCUCUGUCCACCAGCUAGCAGUGGAGAUGAAAUCAAGUCCUUGCAAAAUGGAUACUAGGAAAUGAACAAGCAAUUCGAGAAGAGAAUGUGCUUCUCUCAGUGCCUGGAGGACGCAGCUCUCCACAAGCAGGGACUUUAUUUAGGGACAUCUGUCACCUUUGGGGUUGCCAUGUACAGUGAGAUUUAUAAUCAUGAUACUCUUGGGUGGUAGUUUCCAAAGACACUACUAAUGUGCAGAGAGCGUUCCAGCCUCGAGUGCUGGCAACUACUGUUUCAUGUCAGUCAGUCUGUGAUGAUGGUUGGAAGGAUGUGGGAUUAUGAAAUUGUUUUUGUUUUUUGUUUUGUUUUGUUUUGUUUUUAGAAAACUUGUGAAUGACAAUGAACCCAAGUGUUCCAUGUGAAGAUGAGCCAUUUCUAUCAUGCAUUCCGAUGUCAUGGCAGAAAAUUUUGAAGAUAAAAAAUAAGAUAAUCAAAGUGU